CAUUCGUGUGCGUUCUUUCUCGACGAAAAUAUUUAUUACAGUUUGUUUUAUCGUAAGGACUAUAUUAUUCCGAAACAUAUUGUAAGAAAACAUGAGUUUAAGUUAUAUUCAGGUUGCUGAAGACGAAGGGGAAGAGCCAAUAGAGGUUCCAUGCGAAGAAGAUGGUACACUUUUAUUGACAACUCUAGCUGCUCAGUUCCCUGGUACUUGUGGUCUAAAAUAUAGAAAUCCUGAUACAGGUACGAUGAGAGGCGUCCGUGUUACAGAUGGAAAGCUAAAUCCACCGCCUGGAACAGGAUGGGGGAAUUCAUUGUACAUCUGCGUAUUCCCCAAAGUUACAGAAAAUAAAAGAAAGUCAUGUGAUCAAUUGGAAAAUAGCUCUGCAAAAACAAAGAGAAUGGAAACCAAACAUAAGUGUUCAGAUCUCAUAGUGCUGGGCUUACCAUGGAAGACAACUGAGCAAGAACUUCGUCAAUAUUUUGAAUCUUUUGGAGAAGUCUUGAUGGCUCAGGUUAAGAAAGAUCCCAAAACAGGACAAUCAAAGGGUUUUGGCUUCAUAAGAUUCAGUAAUUAUGAAUCUCAAGCAAGAGCACUCUCAAAGCGUCAUCUUAUUGAUGGUAGAUGGUGUGAUGUGCGAAUUCCAAAUUCUAAGGAUGGACAAGUUGCUGAACUAAAUAGAAAGGUUUUUAUUGGACGCUGUACCGAAGACAUUACUGCUGAUGACCUUGAAGAAUACUUCUCUAAAUUUGGUGAGGUAACAGAUGUUUUUAUCCCCAAACCCUUCAGAGCAUUUGCAUUUGUCACUUUUCUGCAUCCUGAGGUAGCUCAGAGUCUUUGUGGUGAGGAUCAUAUUGUAAAAGGAGCAAGUCUGCUUGUAAGCAGUGCUGUUCCCAAAAGUGCGAGUGCUAAUUAUCAUAACAGAAAAGGUGACAACCGACCCCAAAAUCCGAAUUAUCCCAGUAACGCCGCAAAUUUUGGUCCCACGCAUCAUGGUGGCAAUGCUAGUAUUUGGAAUCAGCCUCCAUAUAAUAUGCCAGUUAGAGGGGGAGAAAAUAUUCCCAAUCUUGCCCAGCUGAGCACCACUCUUGGUUUGGGUAAUCCGUCUGCAAAUCAGGGUGGCGGGAAGGGCAUGAAUACAACGCCUCCAACAUUAAGCAUGGGUGCCCUAAAUUUAGGUGCUGGUUUGCCAUUGAGCUCUGCUGUUGUAGCAGCAGCAUUGAAUCAAGCAGGAUUAGGAAUUUUGGGAGGUAUUGCUAAUCAAGGGAAUGAUGACUGCCCUAACCAAAACACAAACACAUCUAAUGCUGGACCCAAUGCCAGUAGCAGUGGGUGCCCAGCAUGGAUGAAUCAACCUUCAGGGAGUAAUGAAGGUCCAGUUCAUUGGAAUACACGAGAUUCCAACAAAGGGUAUGGUAUGCCUGUUUUGAAUUGAAAGAUAUAUUUCCUUUCUCUUUCAUUGUUAAAUAGUUCACAUCAAAUGUUUUGACCAGCUUUAAUUUGUAUAUUCAUAUAUUAGUGUUACAUUUGUUGACAUUGUAUACAUUUAAGUUGCAUAUUUUGAAAAAUGGGACUUGUUUGAAUGGAGGUAAAAAUGGUGAGAUUAAGUGGUGAGAUGGAGCAUUUCAUCUGCAUGUUUUUAAGAUACUUUAAGGACAGUUGUUUAGUGAGUGCACCCAUUUAUGUGUAAUAUUUUGCAAUUUUUACCUACAUACUGAGUUAGGGAAAUAAUAGAAGCCUUUUUAUGAAAAGCAUCUGUUAGCUCAUCAACAUUUUAAUAAAUCUGAAAUAGUUUUAUCAAAUGCACUAUAUUACUGUGUGUUUACAAAAGUAUUGAAGUGGACUAUUUGAAAAGUGCCUUGUCGUGAGAGUUUUUUAAAAUUGCUUAAAGCAAAUUCAGUUUUCUAUUGAGGUGCAUAUGAGCAAUUAUUGCAUGCUUGCAACUUAACUCUUCAUUUAUUUAAAAAACUGCAUGUCAGUCAUUUAACAAACCACACUUUUGAAACUAUGCAAUCAUUCAUUUUUUUAAAAGAUUGUUGACUUCAAUAUACAUUUGAGAAGCUUGCAUCAUUUGUUGUCAGACUUCAGGCAUAUUAUUUAUUUCAUGUAUGAAAUUGAUUGCAUGUGUAUAAAAUGUAACUUGUAUGUGCGUUUUAUUUAAAAAUGUGUUAAUAACUAAAUUUAUGUAUGAGUUUACUUUUGAAAGUGGGAGAAAAGCUGUCACAUUAUUGAAGUAUUUCUACUAAGCUAGGUUAAUGUGGCAAUAGAUUCGCAUUACAAGUGUUUUCUUAAAUUUUAUUUCAUAAUUUUCGAUUCAGUUUGGAUGCCUAAUGGUUAAACUAGUUAAUACAGGAAUUAAAAUGUCUUAUGCCUGCUAUUAUCUAAAUUUUUUUUUUCCUUUUUUCUUCUUGUGCUGAAAAUUUUUCCUGUGUACUCUCACUCUAUAUCGACCAUUUUAAAUUAGACGCAAAGUAUUCAGUUACUUAUAUGCAUUCCUUUUUCCUAGAAAGGCUUUUCUCUCAUUGUAUGUUACAGAACUAUCUAUGCAUAAUAUAUUUCUCUUCCUCUUGUAACAUAUAGAUUGUCAGUAUGUAUAUAUAUAUCUAUAUAUAUAUACAUAAAAUGUAUGGUUGGAUCAAUAUGUAUUUUGAUGGAUAACUGGUAUAAAGCACAUGUAAGUGUAUGUAUUGGAUAUGAUUGAUUAUGGUUAUUUGUUGUGUGCUGUUGAGUCGAUGGCUUGUUGUAACUAUGCAAGAUUGUCUGUUUCAAUAAAAUUUCUU